CCUCUUAGGCUCGGAUCUAGGUUGAGUUAACAUGGCGAAACGCACCAAGAAGGUCGGAAUCGUGGGCAAAUACGGGACCCGUUAUGGUGCCUCCCUCAGGAAAAUGGUGAAGAAAAUUGAAAUCAGCCAGCACGCCAAGUAUACCUGCUCUUUCUGUGGCAAAACCAAGAUGAAGAGAAGAGCUGUGGGCAUUUGGCACUGUGGUUCCUGCAUGAAAACAGUAGCUGGUGGUGCCUGGACCUACAACACCACUUCUGCUGUCACAGUAAAGUCUGCCAUCAGAAGACUGAAGGAAUUGAAGGACCAGUAGAAGCACCACCAUUUGAUAAUGUUGCUAGCCUAUAAUAAAUGGGUUAAUUUAU